AUGCCGACAUGUCUGGCUCCCUCCUCCGGCCUUCUUCGCCCUUCAGCGCACCCUCAUAGCCUCAUUCUCACCGAGGAACGGAAGGCGCAAGUGCUCACCGCGCUGCACAAAACCACGUCCCUCAUUCCUCGCAUAUUGUCGAAUCAAAAGCCGACGCCUGGUGUUGUCGCUCCGCGGGAGUCUCUGGCGUUCUGGCAGGACGUGCUGAGCGGUGUGUAUGAGGUUCUGACACUAUCGUCGGAGCAGCGAGCGAAGGAUGUUGUGAGGAUUGCAGUGUACGGUAUGGAUGAGCUGUCGGGAGCGGGCGAGCUGGUGACUGCUCUGCUCGAAGAUCCGUUUGCCUCAGACGAGCAGAAGCGAAUACUCCGGUCUCGCUGGGAGAUUCGGUGCGUGUCUUUCGCGGCGUUCGUGUUUGUGUUCACGUACAGCAGGUAUGGGACCUCGGAGUCAAGUGCCGAAGACGUCAUUGCCCUCGAGUCUCCGUGGCUUCGCCAGUUCGGCGUGCCCGUCGAAAUCGCUGAGUUCAAAACCUCAAAACUCUCGCAGCUGGUGUCUGGCCAGGAGGUUUCGAAAGCAAUAUACACGGCCGACGUCGUGGUAGUGCUUGCAACCCUGUGUCCACCGCUCUGCCUUCCGUUCCUUCCUCCGCAUCCUCACUCCCUCUAUCUCGUGAAGGCACCGUCCUCGCUGUCACCUCAGCUCUUUCCCAGCAUCAACAGCAACAUCGGAAGCAGCAUAAUUGCAUCACUCGCCUUACAGCCGGCAUUGCAUGUCGUGUUUGUCGACCCAACACGCGCCGUGCAAGGGCUGGACGCUUUCUCAUCCGGGCUGGCAUCAGCAUCCUCCGUAGAGCGGUAUCAGGACAAUUCUCCGGUCCAAGACAUCCUAUCCUCUUCUACAACAACCGUCGAAGUGCACAUCCAGACCGGUCGCGCGCUCAUUCUCGACGCCUCCAUGAAUACUCUGCGCGUGCAGAUGGAGGAGGCGAAGGCGAAGGUCCACCUCGAGGUAUUCGGAAACGAGCAAAAGGGCGCCGACGAGAUCGUCAAGGCCCUCGCCCACGCGAAGAGCUCCGUCAAGGCGACCAUGGACGCUUUGCAAUGGUACAAACUCUCUGGCGCGUCGACGAUGUCGCGAGGUCGUCACCGCGGCCGUAGACCGGGCAUGCUCGUCUUCCACGCCGGCCGCCUCGCCGCGCUCCAAACCUCCUUCACCGACGCCGCCACCGCGCUCUGCCGCACCUUCCCGCCCUCCUCCGCCUACCACUCCCCCGUGCUCCUCAACGCCCUCGCCCGCCUCUCCAGCGCCCCCGCUUUCCCGCUGCCCCCCUCCACGCUCACCGCGCCGCUGCACGCGCGCCAGGCGCAGCUCGCUCACCCGACCGCCCGCUUGCACGCCGCCGCCCAGCGCGCCGUGCUCACGCUCGCGGGGAGCACCCUCGGCGGCCUCGGCGUCGCCUGGGCGGGCUGGGCGUCGGAGCUCCGCGUCCUCGACGUCGGGCUCGGGGCGGAGACCGCGCUCGGGGCGGGCAUGCUUGGGGCGGCGCUCGGGGUGCGCUGGGCCGUCGGCGCGUGGGAGCGCGCGAAGCGGCGGUGGUGGCGGGACUGGGGCCGCGUCGGGGAGGGGCUCGAGCGCGAUCUCAGGGUCGCCUUGAUCCAGACGAUGGAACAGCGGGUGACAAGUGUCUCAGACGCUGCGUGUUUGGGGCUGGAGGGCAUGGUUGUCAAACGGAAGGCAGAAGUAGGAGAGCUGAAGGAGGAGAUUGAGGCUCUGGGACAGACAAUUCAAGCGGCGAGCCGUUGA